AUGCGUGCCAUAUCUGAUCGUACCAAAUCUGCCCCCCCUCCUCCAUCCACCCCUGCAGCUCUCCCUGUCCAGCAACGGUCUCACAUCGCUCACCAACGAUCUCAGCGGAUGCAUGUCACUGGAGGAGCUGCGUCUGGCACACAACCACAUCUCGGUGCGUGUGAUGCGAAUGAACAGCUGUGCCCGUAUGCAGUUAACUUUUGCGCCCUGCAGAGUGAAGGUGCGCCCUGCAGAGUGAAGCUCCUUCCUCCCUCACCCGCGUCCGCACCCUUGAUCUCUCUUCCUACCGGAUUACCACCCCACUCAAGCUCCUCUCCCUCUCCUGUGCCUUUUUCCUUCCUUCCUCCAUUCGCCCUAUCCCAACAGGUCCUCUCCCCCGCCCUCUCCUCCCUCACACGCCUCCGCAUCCUCGAUCUCUCCUCCAACCGAAUCCCCUCCCUCAAGCUCCUCUCCCUCGCCACGCUCGCUGCCUUCCCCCGCCUCUCCUCCCUCUCUGUCCGCGGCAACCCUCUGCUAGGGGACAAUCCUUCCAAGGUUGAAGCCCAGAUUCUCACGCACCUGCCUCGCUUGCGACUGUUAGAUUCGCGAAAGGUGGGGAAGGGAGGAGGGAGGGGGCGAGAGGCAGAGGGGGCUGGGCAGGAGUGUGAGGUUCUGGGUGAUAGCAGCGGAGAUGCUACUAUGGAGGAUGAGGAGGCGAAGGAAACGAAGGGAGAGGCGGGGAAAGGGAAGAAGAAUGGGCAGAAGAAGAAGCAGGGGAGUGAACAGGGGGAGGAAGAGGGGCAGAAGCAGGAGGAAGGGGGAAAGGAGGGGAAGCAGGAGAGGGAGAAGACUGCAGAGGUGGUUAAGGAGAAAGGAGAAGAGACUCACAGUGCUGCUGCUGGUGCUCGUGCUGUUGCUGGUGCUGCUGGUGAUGCUGCAGCGGAGGCGGCGGGGAAGAGCGCGAGGAGAGACAAGGCCAGGGCGGAAGUGGAGGCGAAGGUGAUGCAUGGGAGUGAACUGCUGCUGCCUGUGAUGGUGGACAGGAAGGGAGGGAAGAGGGAGGUGAAGGGGGGAAAUGAGGGAAAGGAAGGGGAAGCGAAGAGAGAAGGGAAGAAAGGAGGGGAUGGGAAAUGGGAGGUUGCGAAGGGGGUGAAGAGAAAGUCAGAAGUGGUGGUGGGGAGUGGGGUGGGGAAAGUGGAGGAGGACGGUGUGUGGAUGGCAGAAGGCAGGGCAGGGUUGCCAGAGAUUAAGGCAGGGAAUGUCAGGGUAACAGAGAAGGUGAAGGGAAUGGAGAAGAUGGGGAAGAAAGGAGGCAUAGCGAAGGCGUUGAAGAGUGAGUGGAUUGACACGAUUGGGGAGGGAGGAGAGUCAGCUUGGGACUGA